GACCAGUAGUGCCGCUGCCGCUGCCGCCGAACCGCAUAGCGACCGGAGACUGCUGUUACUGGCCGAACAUACCCAAUUCAGUGAAAAUGAGUUUCUCGGACUCCGAUGAAGAAAAGUUGAUUAACAGUGUGGCGAAAUAUUCUGUAGUUUAUGACGCAGGGCAUGAAGAAUACAGAAAUGUUUUAGUGAAAGAUAACGUCUGGAGAGCUAUAGCACAAGAGUUAAAUAAAACAAGUGAGGACUGUAAGAAGAAGUGGAAAUUUUUAAGGGACGGUUACCAGAGGUUCAAGAAGAAAAGCAAAUUAGGAACGGGCUCUGCUGCAUCAAAAAAUUCAAAAACGAAAAGACAGGAACAGCUAUCGUUCCUUGACAGUGUUGCACAAUACCGAUCUGGAGGAACAAAUAUUACAUUGACAUCAUCACAGACAGUAAUACAAGAAAGCCAAGAGGACAGUGGAGAUCGAACUCGUCAACUGGACCUUUCGGCAUCACAGAAAGAAGAUACGGCAGAAACACAUACAAUAGGAAAUAGUCGUGAAACAUCUGUGGUAACAAACGAUUAACGUUAUGUGCCAGCACGGAAAAGAAAACGCAGUAAAGUUCGUAGUAAUGAUGAUAUAAUAUCAAAAAUGUGGAAAGAAAGGGACGAAAUUAGGCAAAAUUUGCUAAAAACGUUUAUGGAACACAAAGAUGAUGAUAUUGACUUAUUUUUCCGUCACAUCAGCACAGUUGUAAGGAGUUUACCUCCAGUUUAUAAGGCAGAAGCCAAAAGAAAAAUUAGUAUGAUCGUUUCUGAUUAUGAAAUAAUGGUUGCACAGUGCAACACACAUCAGCCAAGUGAUAACAGCAGCCCUUCAACCUCCACAACUGUCUCACAAAGUCUUGGAACUGCAGCACAAUCUAAUAAUGUAUAACAUUUUGUGGACUUACCUCAGCGUCAAAUAUAACUUUUC